CUCUUUGUUCAGUUAUCUUCACUUCUAAAGCUGUAUUUGUCACACAUGACUUAGAACAGUUCUCCUCUAAGCUUAUGAGUUGUGUGUCAGGGGAGAAGUCUCUCCAUGGCCAAUAGCUACUGAAAUUUGAUAUUUGGUCUUUUAAAGCAGUUUCACUGAUCAAAAUUGUACUCGCAUCUUCUCCCUUUCGCAAAUGCACAAAUAUGUCUUCAGUACAGACCCUAAUAUGAGUUGUUUACUACCUUGAGGGGAUUUUUUUUUUUUCAGAGCUAUAUUUCCCAAUUCAUAUUCUUAGUGAUUUUUCUGAUCUACAAGUGUUUCUUUCAUAUGACUCAGAAUAAGAUAAUUUUCUAAAUCUAUGCAAAAUACUGGAUUAGCCUUCACAAAUGCUUUAAUUUAGGAAUCAAUUAACUUGAGUCUUAAAAAGAUUCUACUGAAGCUAAUUCUGGGAAUCAUUAAUAAGGAUUUUUCAUAUUUUUGAGCUUUUUAUCAAAUUCUCAGAAUGCUAUGAUUUAUUUUCAUUAUUUUAACAUUAGUUAAGUUUGGUUUCAUCUUGGCAUAAAUUAAUCAUUGUACUACAUAAAAUCAUUAAAUUAAUUAGAAUUAUGGUGUAGCAUAACUUUAAAUAGCAGUUACUGAGAACAAAGGGAGGAAAGAAAAUGGAUUUCAGUUUUGAGUUAUAAUGAUGUAUGGCUUUUUUUUUUUUUUUUUUUUGUAGAGUUGUGUAGUUCGUGUUGUCCUUGCCACUUAGGGAAGCAGUAAUUUUUACCUUGUACCUUGCUGUUAACUCUCUAAGUGUGUAUCUGGUAUUUAAAUCCACACUGUAGCAAGCCAAACAGUGCACAUAUUUUAUGGGCAAGAAAGUAUCUAUAUUAGGUGUACUGUGUUGCAGAGAAUUUAAGAUUAAUGUGCUAGCAAGGCGUAAUUUGGAGACUGUAAUGACUUUCUUUGAUUUUUUUCCAUUACUGAUGGAAAUACAUGAUGAUGCAAAGGAUUUUAUCAUUAUCUGCUGUAAUAUGGCAAGGUAAAUCACUGAAAGCCUUAGAGUUAACAAACUUUCGAUCUUUAAAACGCUUUGAGUAUCUGAUUGAGAUCAUUAUGGGAGUGAAAAUCACCCUAUUUGCAAGGAUGGGACCUAAUAGAGACAGAGCCUGUUAAACCAGAAAAACAACGUUCUGAUUGCCAGGUAGCAGCAGUUCUGAGGUUUUUGUUAUUCCUAAUGUGCUAUCUGUGCUGCUUAACCUAUUUUGAGUAGUUGUGUUCUGAACAGGACACCAUUUUAAUCUCUGACAUAAUUUCCGAUUAUGUUCAAAGGGAGGAUGAAUGAAAGCUGCUUUUUUUUUGUUUACAGCAUACAUGCUGUUCCAUGAGAAAAAAAUGAAAAAUCAUCUUGCAAACUGAAAAUGUGUUUGAAUGUUUAAUGAAGUUGACUAUGUAAUAGUGACAAAGUGACACAAAAUGACACCGUAUCUUUCUAUAGAGUUACUGCUGGUCCUAUUCUACCCCGAGUUCAAGUUCAAUCCAGGCUUUAGAAAAAAGUGUUAAUGGUAGUAAUGGGAAAUUUCUGCCCUUUUGAUGGGAAGCAGGCCUGUUUUCAAAUGCCUGACAAUGCCUGUGAAACUUGGUAACAGUGAUCAUGGCAUACUGUUAUCGAGUAUGGAUAUAACUUCAAUGCCUGCUGAAAUACAACUUUUUUUCAGGAUUCUCUUAAGAGUUGUGGCACAGAACUGUGUAUUUCACCUCUAAAAUGGUUGUGCAAAGUAAGCGUAGUCUCAGUUCUCCUAUAGCGUGCUGAAACACUUGCUGCAAGCGUUGUCUUAGAAACUGCGUAUCAAAACACCAGGAAAUUCACUUUCCUGUGGUUUUAAUUCUGGUGUGUCUUCAUUUCCACUAAAGAGCCUCGGUCCUCACGCCAGAACUGCUGACCUUCCCAGGGCGAGCACCAGUGUUCAGCUGAACGCAGCGCGCAGCGAAGUGCUGACACAGCUGGGAAGCGAGGGUCUUCAAGGUGAGGGUUCUCAACAUCCACACACCCCCGCUUUUCAGAAUAUCAGAGAUGCAAGCUGGGGUAUUAGCACAAUUUCUGCUUUAUCAACAGUAUAAGCUGAAAGGAAAAAUGGUGUUUUCUUACAUUAAAGCCACUAUAAGCCACUAAGUUGAUCUUCACCUUGCUGUGGAUCACGAGGAGCAGGGCCGUGCUGGGGCCCAGGCACAGUUACCGACCUGAGGGAGGCCGGGCGAGGCAGCCAUGGUAGCAGCAAGCACAAGUUGCUGCAGGUGCUACGUGCAGGGGUGCGGUGGUGCUUCCGCUAACCGCGGAGGGGUAGAAAGGAGCCAGGAGGGUGCCUCGGCCUUCGUCCGUUCACCUCGCUUCCCUUUUCUCCUCUCCUUGGCCUUCCUCGUCCCUGCAGUCCCUCAGGCACUUCCCUGGGCUCUCAAGGGCCGGGCCCCAGUGCGCAUGCUCCCGCCCGCCCCCGGUUGCUAUGGCGACAGCGACGCGCCGCCGCUGCGGAGAAGGGGGCGGGAGGCCCGGCGGGGGCCGUGGGAAAGAUUAAAAAUGUGCCACUGAUACAUUAGGAAAUGGAAGAUUUCCUGAAUCAAGAAGUGAUCAGAAAUAGCGAGCAGAAUGUGUUCGAGCCAGAUGCCCCAUUCAGUGCAUCACCUGAGAGCACAUCUCCUGUUAUCAAUGAGAAUUAUUCUACUUUACUUCAGUUAAGAAAUUCAGAAAGGGAAGAACAAACAUCUCAAAACUCAGUACUAUCAGAGAAUAUAGGAAGUGGGACAGUAACAGGAAGCAUGAUUGUGGAUGAUGAAGCUCUUAGGAGGACUAGGGAUGACUUUGAUGAAACUAUCCAGUCUGAGAAGUUAUGUCUUGAUCAGGAACAUUUUCCUGGGAGAGCAGUUCAACAGGAUUACCGCAUGCCUGAUGUUGUAACCGUCAGAGUACAAACAAAUUCUGAUUCAUUCCAAGAUGUAGUUGUUAAAAUUGAAAGACCUAACUAUCAUAAGCCAUUUCUGGGUGGAUUUAAGAACAGGAUAACAGGAAUUGAAUUUCAUAACGCAGGAUCACAAACAAUACCCAAAAAACGACGUGACAAAGGAAUUCAAUUAUUUUGUAGGGAAACACAGACUGUUUUUGAAAAAAAUAAGCCACAGCAAACAAAAAAUACAACAUCAACACAAAUGACUAAAACUGGCCUGUAUGUCUCAAACAUGACUGACAAACUAAUAAAUCCUGGAAAAUAUUUUACAGCAGAAGAAUACCAUAAACGUAGACUUGAAGCAGUAAUAGUAUUACAGACGUAUUUCCGUCGUUGGCUUGCUAUAAAUGUGGUACAAAAUCUGAGGGAAAAAAAGAAUUUAAGACUGGCAUGGGAAGCACAAGAAGAGUUACAGAGAAAAAAAGAGAAAGAAGAAAAACUGAGAAGGGAGCAGGAAAGAAGACUGAACCCUAAAACAAAAGACGACUUUGAGCUACUGUACCAUGCUUUAGAAUUAUGGAGGCAAGAGGAGACUGAAUGGAUUAACAGAACUCUUACUGGAGCUGAAAGAAAGGCAGCAUUAUGUGGACUUCUGGAAAAAGAAACACAGCUGAUUGCUUCCAUUGGGAGACACAAACUAAAUGUAGAUGAGGAGAAUCAACAAAAAGCAAUACUGCGCUUUCUGGAUAAGUGUGCACAGCCUAAGAGAUGGAAAGCAUAUGAUGGAAGAAUCACUGAAAUGGAUACACAGUACACGCUCUGUGCCAGAGAACUACUUGAAAUCUACCGCAGCAUUAGCAUGAAUGACAUCCCAAAAGAUGAGAGAAUAGAUGUGCUGUUAACACUCAGACGUACAGUGAAGGAACAUGAGUGUAAAUUAACACAGGAAAUAGUGGAAUUAAUUGACAGGGAAGUUGAUCUUCUGUCAAGAGAGGUGAAAGAAUGCAACUUAGAAGGACUGAGGAAAAGAAUUUGUACAUUAUUUCUUCAGUAUAUUAAAAUCCCAAAGUUCAACCCUGAAGUUGCUAGGAUACUUAAGGUUCCACCAGAUCCCUUAAAGCUUUAUAAAAAUGUUAACUUCUGUCAUAGUUGUGAAAAUUACUUAUCAUCUACUGAGUUUCCUGUUCCUGCUAAUUGCCGCACCAUUGGCAGGUGUCGCUUCUGUUACAAACUUGAUAAUGAGGCUCGACAACGAGAAGCAUAUUUGACGUACAAACUUAUACUCGAAAAUCUCAGAAGGUCUGAAGCUGAUUAUCAGGAUGAUGCUAAAAUCGUUUACUUGGUACAGCAUCAAGAUCUGCAGUACAUGAUUGAGAACAUAUGGGGCUGUCGGUCAGCUCUCAGUGCUUGCAGUGACCUCUAUGAUUUGGUUAUGGUCAGAUGGGAUAAGCAGAAUGAGUGGUCUCCGUGGAACACUAUUCUCCUCACUAAAAAUGAGGCAGAAGCGCAUCUUAAGCUGUGUAACCUUCAGAAGGCUUAUGAAGCAGCAUUUAUUCACAGAAUAAAACAUAAGCAUAUCCAAGCAAAAACCUACUUUGCUCAGAUUCCAGCGAUGACAUCAUUUUUACACAGGAGUGACAAUCAGGCUAAUACAAAUGAAUUUUUAAUAGGUACAUCUAUUCCUACUGGUACAAAACCAUAACUCUUAGGCAGAGUUAACUGAAGUUAAAGAAGUUAACUGAAUUAUUGAUUCAUUCAAUUUCCUUGGUAUCAAAGAAAUAUAAUUUUUAAUAAAUACUUUAAUUGUAUUACACAGAUUAAAAUAAACUUCUGAGAAUAAAAUAAUUUGAUUUUGACUAGUCAAUAUAACUGCAUUUCAUGUUUUGGAACCUCAUUAUUUAAAGAAUAAAAUGUUGUUGAUGAGCUUUGUACAUUCGACAUUUUUAGAGCAAUGACUGUUUUUCUGUGCAUGCCUGUGUUGCUUGGAACAUUCUCUCUGUAGUGUAAUAUUCCUGUUGGGGGAAUUUAGCUAAUUAUUUGUCACCUUUUAAUUAGAAAAAUAAUACUAUAAACUCUAUUAAAUUUAUUUCCUUCAUCUUAAGCUUAUAUGGCAGAAUCCACCUCAAACCCUAGAUUCCUACAGAACAACAGAAUUGAUAUGUCCUUCCAAAUAUAGCUACUUUGCUUUGCAAACAUUUGUGCAAAAGAAUAACUUUACUUUUUAUAGCUCAUCUUGAUGGUCAUAGUGGAACUGCCAGCAUAUAAUUACUGUAUCCAAUAUCUUGAAAACAUUGUAAAUCAGACUUACAAUUUGAAAUACACAAAGCAGACUGUUUGGAACCUGUUUAUUUUCUGAGGAGCUUGUGUUAUUUAAAGUAGAAGUCAAUUCUCUCUGUAAGUUAUUUUGUUAUGUUUAUGUUUGAUUAUAGUUACAGAGAAAAAUAUGA